UAUAUCACAAUUGAUUAUUAGACAUUUAUUGAGACUGAGGCAGGUUUUCUGUUCCCCUCUCUACUGCCAGGUUGUGCCAUUCUGAAGAGAAGACAUCUCCACGAAGAUGGCCAGCCAAUCAGAAGAGUCCGGAGGUCCUGACAAAGUGGCAGAAUCUAAAAAGGAGAGCGCCAGCGUUUGCCAGUUCUACUUGCAAGGCCUCUGUCGCUUUGGAUCCCAGUGUUGGAACAUUCACAGUAAACUCCCUCCAGACCCCAAGGAUUCCUCAGUGAAGAGGUAUGAUACAGAUGUUAGGCCACAUUCAGCAAGUGCUGCGGAGAAUUCCAAAUGCAAGAAGAGCCCGGUGAAAGAGGGAGCAAAGGGGAGAAGCAGAAAGGACAAAGAGGACCUGAAGCAAGAUGCGGGGUCCAAAAAAAAGCCAUCGAUGAAGACUGCGGAGGAUGUGAUCUCCCGUAUCCUUUGGGAUCCGGAGCUGAAAUCUGAAGAAUUUGCGGUAGGCUACCUCGACCGCUUUCUUGGGGUCCUGGAGAAGCCGUUUUCAGAGUUUAGCUGGGAAGAAGAUUUUGCGGCCCUGGACACCUAUGAAGUUCUGGCUGUGCCUCAGCACCGCAUACAGUAUUUCCGUUAUCGCGACAAGGUGGUCUGGGAUAAAAACCACAGGCUUGACGAUGUGUUUGGCUCUACGGGCAGUGGAAGGACCAUCAUAGAUGUCAUCGAUGACGAGAGGAGAGAGAGAAAUGGAGGACGGGAUGAGGAGAAAGGCGAUGUUAAAGAGGAGGACGCUGAAGAAGAGACAAAAAUAGGAGAAGCCGAGCCUGAGCGCUGUCCCCACGAAGAUGGUAAACUCUUGUCCCAUUUCUCCGCUCAAUGUGGAUUGCAGGAGGACCGUGAAACCACACCAUUGUCUCCUAAGAGCACCACACCAGUACCCCGCUCUACUGAAGGUGACCUUUCUGUAAUGGGGUCAGUGGAGAGUGACCAUCAUGAGAAGCUCAAACCAAACUACUUUGUGUCUGUUCGGCUUACCGAGGACAUGUUCAGAAGCGCAACUAGAGAGGUUCACAAUUACCUGGUACAAAAGGAUGCCACCUUGGCCGAUUAUUGCCUUCCUCUGGGCACGCUGCACUUAACUUUGUGCCUUUUGUCGUUAAACAGCCCCGAGGAAGUUGACCUGGCAAGGAAUGUCCUCCAAGAAUUUGCAUUUGAACGCCGAAGGUUGUUGCCCCCCCCUUUAGUUCUUUCUUUCCCAGAUGGCCUGAAAGAUUUCAAGGCCCGAGUCCUGUAUGUGCAGCCUGAACCUCUGGACUCGGUCCAGAAGCUGGCAAAGACUUUGGCCGCAGCCUUCAAGGAGAAAGGUCUGUCUGUAGUGUGCGGACAGCAAGAAGCUAAUCUUCAUGUUGCUUUGGCUAAAGUGAGCAAAUGCUUAAAGAACGAAGACAGCGGGGCCUCUGGCUGCUUCCCUCAAAGUCUGUACAAAGGGGUCCCUCCUCUAGAUUUUGGGUGCCAGGCUGUGGAGGAGUUGGCCUUGUGCUGUGCGGGCAGAGCCAGGCGUCAUGACGGGUUUUAUGCGACCCCGGCUGUCGUCAGGCUGUACUGAGGGCAUUUUUAUUAUUUGCACUUGCAUUGAAUCAACACAUCGAUUGGGGUGUUGGGAUUAUGAGCAGGUUAUUGGGGUCCUGUUAUGGUUAACGCUGCUGAGUUAUGACAGGGAAUCAUGGCUGACACUACAUAAUACAAGUCCUUCAUUUAUAGUGACCUUCGUGACACGACUGAUGUUGUCCCCUCCAGGGUUGCUUCUUGUCUUAACAUCCAACACUUCUGGUGUGAGACUCGAGCCCACCCAAAACCCUGAAUUGGACAGAACAGGUAGGAAACUAUAUGCUUGUCAUAAAGGGGUCCAGGAGGCUCAUCUAAUCUGAAAUUAAUUAAGAGAACGCUCCGUUGCUUCAUACCGUUAAUAAAAUGGCAUUCAUUUAUAAAUC